AUCGAGAGACUAGUCUACUUCUAUUAUAGAGAGAGGGAGAGAGUAGAGAGAGAAAGAGCGAGACUACUGUUGUGUUCUCGCGGUCUUUACUUUUAAAAGCCGUAUACUAUAAGUAUCCCUCUCGCUUCCACUGUCCUCCUCGUUUCGUCCACCCCGGCAGUGCUGCCGCAACUCUCUUCGUCUCUCUGUCUGUCUCUCUCUCUCUCUCUCUCUCUCUCUGUCUUUCACUCUCUUCUCUGUCACUACUGCAAAAACCCUAAACCUUUUCUCUUCUUUUCCUUUUAAUUAAUUUUCUGCAACCUUGGUUUUACUUUUUCAGUAUCGCAGCUUUACACGGGAAGACUGAAGAGUGAAGAGUCGUUCCUACAGUUUUAAAUUUCGGCUUUUCCCGAAAAAGCCUAGUCCCUGGACUCUACUUCUUCACUAUAGUCCUACUCGGCAGAAAAGCUUUUAAAUUCUAUUUUCUGCUGUCUGCAAGUUCUCCAGACAAGAUCUAUCUUCUUCUGUUUGCCUUUUGGAAAGGGGAGGGGGAGGUGGAGAGGAAGAUCCUCCUCUUUUGUCUCCUUCUCCAUAGUAUCCCCAUAAAGCUCCAACUCCUUAAAGUUUUCGUGACCAAAUCUCAGUUCCUUUCAUUUCUUCUGUCUAAUCGGAUUCUAGAGAUACAGAUACUCUUUCUCCUUCUCUGUUUCAUGUUCUUUCCGGGGGGUUUUGAUGUGGCAGAUGAGGCACAUCCAUCUUCCUUCAAUCCGUCGUUCUGUGCUAUGGAACUGACGGGAGACACAUCUGGACACAAUCACUUCGAUAGAACACAACCAAAGGUGAAGGUGAAGUUCUCCCAGCAUGUUCUCAAAACAAGGAAGCUUCUCUGUGAGCGAGACAUGGAGAAAUCCAUGGAUCACAACAAAUCAUCAUUUGCAAACACAGGCAAAAUCCGACAAAGAGUGGUGAAAAUCAUUUUCACAGAUGCAGACGCCACGGAUUCAUCGAGUGAGGACGAAGGAGAAGAGAUCGUCCGGCGAGUGAGAAGAUAUGUACAAGAGAUUGGCAUCGACACAUCUGCUAAACCUCAACUGUCGAAGCCGUUGCCGGCGCCGGCCCCGUUGCCGGCGACGAUGAAGGCAAAGAAGAGAAGAUUACAGUCUUUGAACUCCGAUCAGACUCAACGGAAAAGAUUCAGAGGUGUACGGCAACGGCCAUGGGGCCGUUGGGCGGCAGAGAUACGAGAUCCGACCCGUCGGAAACGGUUAUGGCUUGGUACUUUUGAUACGCCCGAAGAAGCGGCAACCGUUUACGAUAACGCCGCUGUUAGAUUGAAGGGUCCUGACGCCGUUACGAAUUUCCCUUUCCCGCCAAAGAUGGAAACGGUAACGGUAGCUGGUGAAGUUGCCUCCACUUCUUCCUCUAAGAAUAGUCUUGAAGCUGCUUGUUCCCCCACGUCGGUGCUCCGUUAUGAUAGCUCCCCAACGCCGUUUGAUUCGGACACACUUAGUUACGGAGCCUACGGUGACGUUGACGCUUUCGGGUUUGAUAUUGAAUCGCCGUUAACGCUUCCGGAGAUCAAGCUUCCGAGGAGUAGGAGUAACUACUUUGGCGAGAAAGAAGAAGUAGAAUUUGGGGAGUUAGAUAUUGACGAAUUUGCCCUCGGCAGGUUAUGAAGAUAAUAUUUAUACCGUUACGUUACCGUGAGUUAGCCGAUUAAUACGGCGAUUUUGUCCGUAGAUUUUGAUUUUCCUUUUUAUUAUUAUUUAAAUAUUUAAAUUCAAAUUAAUUAAUUUGAGAAAUUGUGAAGGAAAGAGAGAGAGAGAGAGUAAGUAGAGAGGACUGAGAGUAGUGGUGGUGGUGGGGUGGUGUUUGGUUAAUGGUUACUUGAUUUCCACGCUUGAUGUGGAAAAGUAUGUAUUAUAAGGGUAUAUAAGCUUUCCUUUUCAUUUUCCGAAAUCUUUGAAUAAAAUAGUGAUAAUGGUGGUGACCGGUUAUCGUAA